GUAUCUUCAAAUAUAUCUUAUCAUUAAAAAAAUUCAUCACACGCGCGUCAUUUUAAGACGAGCCACGGCCUCACUUUGAACCACUGUGUGCCUGUCGUACAGGAAGUGGUGGGGAAGAGGUAAUCAACAAAAAAAAUUUAUUAUAUUAUUAUUAGGGUGCUUUGAUCAAUAUAGGAGGAAAAAAAAGGGUGUGUAAUAGGGUGCAAUAUUACAUUUUUUCACGUUGAUUGUACUAGAUGUGGCUCUCUUCGAGCCUAUUUGGCAUCUUUUCCGAGCACCACCCUGCGCAUCGUAUCUGGCAGCAUCUCAGCGUGUCUUUUACAAUUAUUUUGCUUUCCUUUAUUGGGGUGAAUCUAAUCCAACUCUGCGUUAUGAGACUCCAUCUUGCACUUUCAAGCGGCUUUUUGGAUUCCCACGAAGUUCCUGGGGCCGCUGCGCUUUCAACAUUUCUCAAACAUCGUGUUAAAUUGCUUGAAAAAGGAGGUGUAAACUUGCUUGAUGCGCAAAUUAUGAUGUGUUUGUUAUAUCUUGGCUACGCCUUCGCGUUGAUUCGCGGCCAUUUGAUAGAUAUCGUGCGGUUGUUAAGACUUUCGCGGCGACGUACGCGGUACUUUGAACGGCCGACGAAUGCGAAGAUGGUGGAAUACUUGAAAAUACAAAUGGAUGAAACUUCCAGAAGGAGAAGCUAAACGAAGGAAGAGGAAGGGAGUGGAAGGAAUGGCUAAGAAGGCCUAAAGGGGAGGGAGUAGUGUGGUAUUGUAUGGAAUGGAGAAGAAGUGUGCAAUAGGAAAGGAAUAUUGAUAGUGGAUUUGCAGUAGCUUGACUUUGUAGUCUUGAGGACAGACGUCGUUGAUUGUCUUUCUUUAUCACCCUUUCUCCUUCUUGGCAUACACACAAUAUGCACAAGACAAACGAACAAAAAAAAAA